UUCCCCUGUGUGGGAACACUUUGAUUUGAUAACUCCUAAAGCUAAAUCUAACUCUAUUUCAGACUCAUUAGGUUUGCUUAUCAAGAACUGUAUUUUUCACAGUUUCUUAUUUGAUUCAAAGGUGAGGUGUUUAUUGUGCUCCAGGGAGUUGGGGUACAAUAACAACAUGUCAUCCAUGCUGAGGCAUUACCGUGCCUUGCAUGAGAAUAAGGAGGAAACUGGAGCUUCACCCAGCCAUGACACUGUAUGUAUUCUCUUUUAACCAGCCACCAGAAAACAAGAGCUGGAUGAAGCCCUCGUCUCCAUGAUAGUGAAGGACACACAGCCCUUCAGUGUUGUGGAUGAUGUUGGAUUCAGGGCAUUUGUGUCCAAACUGGAUCCUAAUGAUGUUAUCCCUACAAGGCAGUCAUUUAUUGGCCUACUCAUCUGUAUCUUUAAAGGAGAAGCUUACACAAGUGCAACUUCAUCUGGGGUUGGCAAACAUGAAGCUAAUGCAAGAAGUGGAGACCAGAUGGAACAGCACAUAUUUGAUGGAGCAAAGGGAGCCAGUAGGAGCAGCGUUAGCUGGUUUACAACAUGACGUCUCCUUCCUAACAGCAGAAGAAUUCAACAUUGUUGGAGCGUGCCUUUCUUUGCUGUCUCCCUUCUUUGAUGCCACUGUAGAGCUGUCGGCAGAGGAAAAUGUGUCUGCCUCCAAAGUGGUUCCCCUGGUGAAGAUGCUGGAGCACACCCUUCAGGAGGAAAUGACAAAGCCGGCACCUGCAGCAGCAUUGGAAAUGGGAAACCAGCUCAUCAGGCAACUCCGUGAGAAGCUGUACACUUUGCAGUCGAUGAGCAUCAUGUCUCUUGCUACCCUCCUGGACCCCCAAUUUAAAGUCAUAGGAUUUUUCAGCCAAACAAAAGCCACCGAAGCAAUAAAACGACUGACCUCCGAGUGUGCCACCAUUAUACGGUCAAAACAAAGCAGAGAGGAAAUCCCCCAGGCUUCCACCUCUCAUGAUGUCACAGGAGGCAGCAAACUGUGGCAUCGUUUAGACACCAGCGUCAUGGAGGCACAGAAGACUCAAAAUGUUACAGCAGAUGCCACUGUGGAGGUCCAGCGCUACCUUUCCGAGCCAAAUAUAAGCAGGCUGGAAAACCCUCUGGAGUACUGGGAGAGGCAAAAAUUCCUGUAUCAAAAUUUAUAUAGACUUGCUCUUGCGUUUUUGUGCACGCCAGCAUCUUCUGUACCCUGUGAAAGGGUGUUUUCAAAGGCCGGAGAGGUUGUGUCAAAAAAAAGGAAUCGCUUAAAACCAAAAACUGUUGAGAAACUGUUAUUUCUGAAUAAAAAUGAAUAAAAUGUC